UAUUGCCAGCUGAGUGCGUUCACAUGCUGCGCACUCCGACUUUCAACCUGCGCAGAGAGGAGAGGACUUGUUUUUCAGCUAUGGAUGUCUACCAGGAGUCUGUGCAAUAUCUGGAGUCACAACACAUUGCAGUGGUCGAAGAACCUGACAUGUUGGAGGAGGAUGUUUUCCCGGAGGAGGCAGUGUCCUGUUUUCUCUCCCCGCUGAACACUGAGAGUGUAGACUUCCCUGACACCCCUACAAUGUGCAGCAAAGAGGAAAUGUUGGAGAGGAGGCUCACGGUGCUGAAAGGCAUCCUGGAGAGUGAGGAGGUUUACCUCAGAGAGCUCGACACCCUGCUGAUGCCCAUGAAGGCCCUACGGGCCUCAGCUGGGACCUCCCAACCAGUUCUGUCCAGUCAGCAGGUCCAGACCGUUUUCUACCAGGUGCCUGAGCUCAGAGACAUGCACCAAACUUUUUACUCAGGCCUGAAGGUGUGUUUGAGCACUCACUGCCAGACUGAGAUCGGCCCUGGUGAGGAGGCAGGAAUAAGUUGCAGAGACUUUGAGCUUGUGGUUGGGGACCUGUUCCUGAAAAUGGUGAGCCAGAUUGGGCUGUAUGGUGGCUUCAUUGAAAACUACGAGAAAGCUGUGGAAGUGGUUAGGAAGUGCACAAACUCAGACCCUCGCUUCCGAACUCUGGCUGAGAGCAUGAUGUCCAACAACGGCACAGACAAAGCUCGUACUACGUACACACUUGAAGCUCUUCUCUACAAACCUUUGGACAGAGUUACAAAAACCACACUAGUGCUGCAGGACCUCCUGAAGACGACACCUACGGAGCAUAAAGAUUACACAGCUUUACAGGAAGCUCUGAGAUUGUCUCGCAGCUUCCUGUCUGGUGUCAACGAGAGUUCACAAAGUAAACGGGAGGUCACAUUAAGUCGUGGCAUGAGACGCCAGCUAAUGCGUGAUGGCUUUGUGGUGGAUGUGAGUGAGGGUGAACGAAGCCUGCGUCACCUCUUCCUUUACACCGACCUCCUGCUGUGCACAAGAUUUAAACAUGCAAAUAGAGGGAAGCAGGAUCAGUACAGGUUCUGCUGGUAUCUGCCCCUCGCUGGUCUAAGGCUUCGCUGGGUUGCAGACAAGGAACGACCGCCUGACACCAAUGUCCGCUUACACAACAUCAGAUCAAAGCUGUAUCUCCUACAUCAGCAGCUACUACAGCAGCUACGACAAAAUUCGAAAGCAUCCAGGGGCCUGGAAACUCGUAGCAGGAAGAAAUUGGAACAAAUGGAGCUGAUGCUGCUCACACACUCUACUGCUUACAGACUGGAGCUGCACAGCCCCAGCGGCAAGAGUCACACUCUCCUCUUCUCCUCGCUCUAUGAACUAGAAGAAUGGAGAGAAGCCAUCCACAAACUCACCACAGCUAACAUAGAAACUGUCCCUCCAGACCUGCUCACGCUGACCAGUUCGUGUGUGAAACUGAGAAUGACGCAGCAGCCGCCACUACAUAGCAUUUAUGCUGGACUGCACAAGGAGUUGUUAUGUGGGACUUUGAGUGUGGCCAUUGAUUCUGCUGUUGGUCUACAGCAACCAGCAUGUGUGUACGUUUGUGCAGAGGUGGAUGGCUACAGGUUUUACGAUCAACAGACCCAGACACACUCUUCAGUCCUCAGCCUAAACCCACACUGGGACCAGGAGCUGUCCUUUCAGGUGGACGGGGCACAGAACUUGAGGGUGUUAUGUGUGAGUCAGUCAGAUGAACAGAGUGAUACUAUUCUGGGAAAAACUACUGUAAAGUUGGAGUCUAAAACUCUGAAUAAGCGAUGGAAAAAACAGACUCUACAGCUGGGCCAGGUGGAGCUUACUCUCUCCCUGAAAUACUCUCCACACCCUCUCUCCCCACCCAGCUCCACAAUUCAACAGCCGCCGGUCUUCUGCGUCCCAAUUGAAACCGUGGCACAACAGGAGGGAGUGCUGGUUCCUCACGUGGUGCGAUGCUGCGUGGAGGAAGUGGAGAGGAGAGGCAUGGAUGAGGUGGGAAUCUACAGGGUUUCGGGAACCAGCAGUGAAAUCGGCAUGCUCAGGGCUGCAUUCAACAACAAUCUCCGUGAAGCAGUGAAGAAACUGAGAAGUGCAGAAGUGAACGCUGUAUCUGGUGUCCUCAAACUUUACUUCAGAGAGCUGCCUAAACCUCUGAUACCCACUGAGCUGUUUGAGAGUCUCACAAGAAGCCUGGACAUCCAGGACCAAAACUCCCGGCUGGUCUCCAUGUUGCCCCUGCUGCAGUCUUGUCCUGAUGUCAACCGCCACACUUUCCUCUACCUCCUGCAUCACCUCCGACGAGUCUCAGAGAGGGAACACAUAAACAAGAUGUCUCUACAAAACCUCGCUACUGUGUUUGGUCCGAGCCUCCUACGCCCCCCCAUGGCUGGAGAUGGGCACAACGGGCCCACUGUGGAUAUCUCUCAGGAGGUGGUCGUCCAGGUCCAAGUGGUUUUAAGCUACCUGCAGUGCAACAACCUCCCUGAAGCUCAGCUCUCUCUGCCACAUGACUCAGACACUGAGGAUGAGACCACCCACAUAUGAGACCACCAGCUGUGUCAUGGGGAGAAAGAAAUAUAGAUGGCCUGUAUCCAUUCUG